CUUGAGCCCAACAAGUCCAUCUUCAAGCAAAUGAAAUCUCAUCCACCAUAUACCAUGUGCUUUAGAGUGAAAUUCUACCCACAUGAACCCUUGAAGAUUAAAGAAGAGCUCACCAGAUACCUCUUAUAUCUACAAAUAAAAAGGGACAUUUUCCAUGGCCGUUUGCUGUGUUCUUUUUCUGAUGCUGCCUACCUGGGUGCCUGUAUUGUCCAAGCUGAGCUUGGUGAUUAUGAUCCUGAUGAACACCCAGAGAAUUACAUCAGCGACUUUAAGAUUUUUCCCAAGCAAUCACAAAAGCUUGAGAAGAAAAUAGCUGAAAUGCAUAAAAAUGAAUUCAGAGGUCAGAGCCCAGCUGUUGCUGAAUUCAACUUGCUCCUGAAAGCAUAUUCUUUGGAAACUUACGGUGUUGAUCCUCAUCCUUGCAAGGACUCAACGGGGAUGACUACAUUUUUAGGAUUCACAGCUGCAGGAUUUGUAGUCUUCCAGGGGAAUAAAAGAAUUCAUUUGUUAAAAUGGUGUGAUGUCUAUAAACUGAAAUUUGAAGGGAAGACUUUUUAUGUGUUUGGAGCUCAGAAAGAGAAAAAGGCUGUGCUGUCAUUCCAUACCUCUACACCAGCAGCCUGCAAGCAUCUUUGGAAAUGUGGGGUGGAGAAUCAGGCUUUUUACAAGUAUGCAAAAUCCAGUCAGAUCAAGACCAUGUCCAGCAGCAAGAUAUUUUUUAAAGGCAGUAGAUUUCGAUAUAGUGGAAAAGUAGCCAAAGAGGUUGUGGAGGCAAGUUCUAAAAUCCAGAGGGAACCUCCUGAAGUUCACAGAACCAGCAUUACCCAGAGUCGCAGCUCUCCCUCGUUGAACAAGCAACUCAUAAUCAACAUGGAACCUCUGCAGCCCCUCCUUCCUUCUCCCUGCGAGGAGGAAGAGGUUCCUUUAGAUGAUGGUAUCCAACUGCCAAAGGAAGAUGAGAUUUCAGUACCUGUGACUUCAAGCUCCCCAGUUAAGGACACUGGGGAGAAUGUUGAUCUUGCCAUUGAACAGGAGGAGAAGAUGAAAGAAGAACCUUUAACCAUCUCAGAACUGGUAUACAAUCCUAGUGCCAGCUUGCUGCCCACCCCUGUUGAUGAUGAGAUUGACAUGCUCUUUGAUACCUGUCCAAGAGUAGAGAAUGAGAAAGAUGAUACAGAUUCAUUUGAGGAACUGGAAGCAGAUGAAAAUGCAUUUUUGAUUGCAGAGGAGGAAGAACUGAAAGAAGCUCGGAGAGCACUUAGGUGGAGCUAUGACUUUCUAAUGGGCAACAUAGAGGUGAAUGCCUUUGUGAAGAGUUUCUCCAGACUUCUCCUUGUAGGCCUUGGACUGUUGUUGUUUGUGUUCCCUCUUCUCCUUGUUCUCUUGGAGUCGGACCUUCAAAUCUCUUUUCUCCAUGAAAUCCGUCAGACGCCGGAGUUUCAGCAGUUUCAUAUUGAAUAUUACUGCCCCCUUAGGCAGUGGGUGGCUUGCAAAAUAAACUUCAUUUGUGACACGCUGGGCAGCUUUUAA